ACUCAACACUGGAGACGGGUUUCUCUCCUCCUCGCCUGUCUGCACAGAACAGAGCAGAGGAACUGUGUAGUGUGUAAUUUAAUACCAGACGCAGCCUGACUGAGCCUCUCUGCACACAGAGAGCCCCCUCACAGCCUGAGAGGCAGGCAGGAGAGGCAGGCAGGCUGAGCAGGCAGACUUCCAGGGUCCGGCUCAGCCCUCCAUGACAGGACAAAGAGCAGGGGAUGCAGGACCGACCAGAGCCCUAGUGGAGGACCCAGUGGACCCAUCAGCCUCUCCCUCUCCCUGUGGCCAGCUGUCAGCCUUCCCUGACACAGCAGAAACCCAAGGCCAUCUCUGAUUACACACAGGCAUCCCUCUCCUCCUCCUCCCUCCCUCUUCUUCCAGUCUUGCCACUCCCCCGUCUUCCCAGAGGUAUCGUUGGAGCUCCCAGGAUGCGGCUGCUCAGCGCUCUGCUGCUCCUCCUGCUCCUCAGUUCUGCUGAGCCCAGGAAGGGUGGACGGAACAGAGACGGGGCAUGGCCCGGGGGUAAAGGCAGAGCCAAUGCUGUCAAACGCCAAACCUCUGAAUGCAAGGAAUACAUGGAGGCUGGAGAGAAAUACCUGGACUGUCAGGACUGCCAGCUGACCGGGGUGCAACAGCACUGGCCUGAAGACAUCCACCACCUCCUGCUGGCCCGCAACAAGAUCCAGGUGCUCAGAGACAACACCUUCUCCCAGUUCAAGAUCCUAAAGAGUCUGGAUCUACAACAGAAUGAGAUCUACAUGGUGGAGGAGGGGGCGUUCGCAGGGCUGGGCCAGCUCACUACUCUGCUUCUUCAGCAUAACAAGAUGAAGACAGCUUCUGAGGAGCACCUGCUCCCCUUGCCAAGCCUCCGCUACCUGCGUCUCUAUGAUAACCCCUGGGACUGCCGGUGCUCGCUGGAUAGCCUGGUCAGGACCCUGCAGGUGCCCAGCAACCGUAACCUAGGGAACUACGCCAAGUGUUCUGAGCCGGACGCUCUGAGAGGUCAGAAGCUGAAGAAGAUGAGGCCGGAGCUGGUGUGUCCUGAGGAUGGGGAGGGCCAGCAGCCAGGGCAGAAACCUCAGGAGGGGCAGGAUAGUCUGCCCAAACCCCCUCCCAUCAAGAAGCACCCUGAUGCCAACUCCUUGUGCCACACCUACAUGUUCCCCAAACCCAUGCUGGACUGCAAGAGCAAAGAGCUGAAGAACAUACCCUCAGGCCUCCCGUCAGACAUUGUGAGGAUGGACUUGUCCAGUAACAGCAUCACUCAGCUCUGGCCCAAGGAUUUUGUUGCUGCCAGGGACCUGAAGCUCCUCAACCUCAGCAGCAACAGUCUGGAUCAGAUCGACACAGCUGCGUUGCUGGGCUCCUGUACCUCGCGGGAGCUGGACCUGUCCAACAACAGCCUGCACUACUUCCAGUACGGAGUGUGAGACCUGUACUUCCUCAGGAUGCUGAAUCUGGGGGAUAACCCCUGGGUCUGUGACUACAAUAUCCACUACCUGAUCUACUGGCUGAAGCUGACCACCCCCAGGGAGUUCAGGGGCUGGCUCGUGGAGAAUUAUGUCAAGACCUACAACGGAGAGUGUCCCAAGGAUAAGGAUCCACAGCCAGGGGGGUGA